AUGGCUCUUCUCGUCUCCUUGAACCUCGCGUCUCUUCAUCGCGCAAGCGGCGCGGAAAUCAACAAUGCCAAGUUCUCAAAUACCACCUAUCAAUAUCAGAAAGCUCUAGGCAAGUCAGAGGAGCCUAUGAUACCGGGUCCACAGUUAUUCCAACCUUCGUCACGCUUAACCAACACGAAUCGCCACGAUCUCCCCACCAUCAGCGAAUGUGCCGUCCACCUCGAGCUGUUGGAAGUAUUUCAUGCUCUAAGAGACAGAGUCCAGCAAUCCACAGAUCUGGACAAGACCUUCAGUAUCAAACCGAAUACAAGAACGGUCUACCGCAAGAGGUAUUCCUCUGCGAAACGCAAAUAUGAGUCUUAUACAGCCACAGUUAGGGACACCACGUUUGAAACAAGGAGAAAAAAUAAAUGGCCCUGGUUCUUGGAGCUCGCAGUCGGCCGAUUCACCAGAUGGAUUCGGAUGGUUAAUAGAAUGUCCUUUUCCAGUUCUGAUUCACAGAAUGACAACGAGCCAUCAGGACUGGGUCCAUUACCCCCUGUCGAUGUACUUAUGGUCUGGCAUGCCUUCUUGCUGAACCCCGUUGACUUCGACUUCUAUUGUGUCAAACAUAGGUUGGAACGGGUUCGCAAAGCUCCCCUUCCAUGGCAACAAAUCCACGAGGCAAUAGACUCGCGAGACUGGUCAUACCGUCUCCCCAAGGCCCAGAAGGACUGGCUAGAAAAGCAGGCGGACUUUACACCCGACCUCUUCGAGACGCUCGUUGAUGUCGGUAAACGCGAAAGCCACGCUAAACACGUCCUCUCUCAGUACGGGUCUAGCUCAAAGACGAGCCCAUUUUCAUUAUUGAAAUAUAUAGAUACUCCGGCUAAUUAUGCUUUCGUUGAGGUGGUUCAAGCCACGAAAUCCGAGGCUCUCAGGAAUGAACCCUUGAAGAAAAAUGUCGAGCGGCAAUUCAAGUUUGUAGAAAAGAUGCACGCUCAUCUCUGGAUCCGCAGCCCGGCAGUUGAAGGGACGCUUCGUCGCGCCAUUGACCGCUACGAGAAAUUCCUGCAGUUGUUUCGUGAUUACCCGGCAACGACUCUGGUGCCGACCCUGGACGUUGAUCUGGUUUGGCAUACCCAUUUAUCUGAUCCGGAGCAGUACCGGACGAGUUUGAAUGAACGUGCCGGACGGAUGGUCAGUCAUGACGACAAGUUGGGGAAGUCAUUCUUGCACACUCGGUUUGAUAAUACGCAUGAGCUGUUUCAGAUAGCUUUCGGUCAGCAAUAUAAUGUCUGCCUUUGUUGGGAUUGCGAGGCAGUUACAUCUGCGAUGGAAGCUUUUGCGGCAAAUGACGAUAUGGAUAUUCUAGAUGAUAUUAAUUGCGAUGCUGAUAGCAUCGUGAAGAAAGUGGAAAGUGAUGUGCGUUAUUACAGGGCGGUAGAAAUUGCGAGGCGGAAGGGAGUAGCCCUGCCGGUACGUUGA